UUAUAGGGAAAAAGGGCUCUCAAUUCUACGUGAGAAUCAGAAGCUUUAAGCAGCUAGGGUUUUCUGCAGCCUCCCUUGGCGCCUACUGCUGUAAGUGAAGGGAGGAGAAGAUCGAACCUUGGAUUUGUUUCACAGGUUCUACAAUGGCGACUAUCGUUCAAACAUCUGAGGAAGAUGCGGCGCUCACUGUCGUUCGAUUUGCCUCUGAGCUCGCUUGGGCCGACGCCGGUUCUGAGGCUGCUGAGGCACAAGUUAAUAGACUCUGCGUUGAAGCCCAAGAAUGUAUUGUUAUGGGAAGAUGGUUGGAUUUGGCAUCUCUAAUGCUGACUUCUGCUGACUUGAUAUUUUCAAAGGUUUCUGAAAAAGAUAUGGAGUGUGUAUUCACUGUUAUCUGUAAUCUUGUCACAAAGUCUGGGAGUCAAAAAGAAUUGUUUGAAAUGGCAGAGCUUAUAUCUUCAAAGAUUGGCCAACAACCAAAUGACAAACCUGCAUUGCGCUUAAAGAUCUUGUUCAAUCUGUACAACUUACUUGAGGAUCCAUAUUGUCGGUUCCAUGUUUACAUGAAGGCCCUAGAUUUAGCUCUUAAGGGGAAGGUCCCUGAAUAUAUACUUCCAUCAUUAAAAAAGAUGGAGAGUUUCUUGAGAGAGUGGAAUAUUGGAAUUGUAGAGCAGAGACAACUUUUCCUCGCCGUCGCUAAUGUUUUGAAAGAAAGUAAGAGUGCCGCAAAUGAUUAUUUCAAGUUCCUUACCAAAUACUUGGCGACUUUCUCCGGUGAAGAUGCCCAUACCUUGAGUGAAGCAAAGGAGGAAGCUGCUCAUGCAAUUGUUGAAUUCGUAAGGGCACCAAACAUGUUUAAGUGUGACUUGUUAGACAUGCCUGCUGUAGGGCAACUGGAGAAUGAUGCCAAAUAUUCUUUGGUUUAUCAGCUUCUGAAGAUUUUUCUGGCUCAGAGAUUGGAUGCUUAUUUGGAAUUUCAAGCUGCAAAUUCUACUUUAUUGAAAAGCUAUGGUCUCGUCCAUGAAGACUGUAUAGCAAAAAUGAGGUUAUUGUCAUUGGUGGAUCUUGGCUCAAAGGAAUCUGCCCGCAUUCCAUAUGCUCUCAUCAGGGACACACUUAGGAUCAAUGAUGAUGAGGUGGAAUUGUGGGUCGUGAAGGCCAUUGCUUCCAAAUUGAUUGACUGCAAAAUGGACCAGAUGAAUGAAGUCGUGGUUGUGAGGUGUGCUAGACUGUAUCCACAUGGCUGCAAUUCCCUUUUUUUGGUUAGCCUAAGUUUAUUUAGAACUAAUAGCUUUUGGAUGCUCGUGUGCAGCCGUUGUACUGAGCGUGUAUUUGGGCAGUAUCAAUGGGAAACACUUAGGACGAAGCUAGCUACAUGGAGGGGUAAUAUUGCGAAUGUGAUUGGCACCAUACGAGCAAACAAAAUAGUCGAUGAUGGAUCACAGGCUGUGCAAGGUUUGGCAAUUCGCUGAAGAGUGGAAUUUUUUGUUGAUCUGUAAGUUAAAUCGCCUACCGUUCCUGAUUAAUACUAGGAGGUCUCAUGUUCUGUUCAAUCCUCUGAAUUUGUUCAAAUUUUGACAUGGAGAACUACAUUUGAAUAGGAGCUGUUGGUUUACAUAGUGGACUGUAUCAAUCAUCUACACUCCAGGACUUUCAAUCGGCUCUCUGAUCUUAAUUUAUUUUAGUGGUAUUUUUUGUUUUCAUCCCACCUUAGAUCAAUUCGUUUAAAUAUAGUUUAUUUGUUUGGUUAAUAAUAGCUAUGGUUGUUCUUUUUC